AUGUCAGUCUUACGGGCUGGACGCGUUGCUCCGACUGGUUAUAACCAGAAACGGAGGGCAGGGGAGGCACAGGCGGGUAGGGGGUUUCGUGCACCUCGGCGUCGGGGUGGUAGAGCUUCCACUGCUGUGGACAGGCAGGAUGUGGUUGGUCGGGCUGCUAGGGUUGAGGUUGUUGCUCGGGAGGAUGUUGCUAGGGUUGGAGAUGUUGUUCGGGAGGUUACUGCGGAGGAUGUUGCUAGGGUUGAGCCGGUGGUUGCUAGGGUUGAGCUAGAGCAGGCUAGGAUUGAGCCGGAGGUACAUGUUGCUGAUGAGGUGGUGGUUGAGGAGCGGGUGACUGUGGUUGUUGAGGAGGUGGUGGUGCAUGAUACGAACACCACCACAGGUGCAUCAACAAAGCCAUCAGUACAUACUGAUGAGGCUUAUCCAGGAGGACCUUCUGACAAGUCGAUUUUGACAGCCUAUGCUGACCAUGUCGCUUUUAGGAUAUGGCAGGACGAGCGUCCAAUGCUGAAGCUCACUUCUCACGGGUCGAUGUUGAAGAAUUUCCCCGAGGGACCGAUGCUUGAGAAGGUGGCGAGGAUCAUUCGGGACUUCCAUUUAUUGGACUUUGAUGGAUGCUCCCUGACGAUGUUGGACGCCCCUCUCUUAUUAGCUUUUGUGGAGAGAUGGCACCCAGAGACAUCAUCCUUCCAUCUUCUAUUUUGGGAGAUGACGGUGACUUUGGAUGAUGUGCAUGCCCUGUUUCACCUUCCUAUAGCUGGUACAUUUUUUACACCAGUUAAUAGGGACCAGACGACGGCGAUGCAGAUGGUGAGGGAUGCAUUAGAGUUUGAUGAGCUGGUUGUGCUCAAGGAGUUUGGUGACACUUGGGGCUUUCACCUCAGGAUGUCUUGGCUGAGGAAGGUUUAUCAGCAAUUGGUCGAUGCGGGGAGGUACGAGGCUGCCGCUAGGGCGUACAUGCUACAUCUAGUGGCAUGUACUCUCUUUGCAGACAAAUAUGCAUAUUAUAUAGAUGUCCACUAUCUGACUCCCUUCAGCGACCUUGAUACCCCGUGUAUGGUUAUAUACAGGGCAUCCCACGGUCGGUCCCGGAGGCUCCAGCUGGUGGCAUUGAUCGCUGGUUUCAGAGUUGUAACGCCCCAAACUUCUUUUGGGAUGAUCGACUGA